CCCAUGAAGAUGGAGCCAUGUCUGGCCAAGUGGAGUGUGCGGAGAGUCCCCGGGGCAGUGAAAUGUCCACUCCUAACUCCGUAAGUCAAACCUUUGAUGGCCUUGUGGAAGCCUUCUCUGGCCCAGAGAAAUGUGCUGCCAGAUCUCAGCGCCAGGAAAUGUAAAAUGCAAGCACAGCACCUCGGAGCAGGGACCUGUCGACACCCAGAUCUCGUCAUGCAGCAAGAGGUCAUGCGAGGGAUGGCUAUCGCUCCAGGUCCAGCAGUAGGUCCAGCAGUGGAUCCAGUAUCAGGUCCGGCACGUUUUUCGAGGCACACCUUCAGGUCCAGACAUGAUGCCCGAUCCCAGGAGGCCCCCAUUCCCCAGGCCAGGUCCAGACAUGAUGCCCGAUCUCGGGAGGCUCCCAGUCCCCAGGCCAGGUCCAGACAUGAGGCCCGACGCCGGGAGGCCCCCAGUCCCCAGGCCAGGUCCAGACAUGAGGACCCCAGUCCCCAGGCCAGGUCCAGACAUGAUGCCCGAUCCCAGGAGGCCCCCAGUCCCCAGGCCAGGUCCAGACAUGAUGCCCGAUCCCAGGAGGCCCCCAGUCCCCAGGCCAGGGGCCGAGUGCACCAGCUGGGCUCGUCCACCGAUAUCUUCAGGGAUGCCAGCCACGGGGUUCUCGUCAGCCUCCAGCACCACUUCUCCUUGCAUCAUAAGGGGGAUUCUCUUUUUAACGCAGAUGUUGUGCAGCACCGCAGUAGCAGCAAUAACAACACAGACGCGUUCAGGGUGCAUUCGCAUUUCACUGUGGAGGCAGUGAAACCUAAAAGAAACAAGAACUAA